AUGGUGCUUCACAGCGAUCGACCCGUGGACCUAUACAAUCGAGUCGAAGAGCUGACCACUAUUCUCUCCAUGGAAACAGUUACACCACUCCUUCGGCAUGAAAUAGAAUGUGCAAUUUCACUGCACCUUAGCGCCCUGCAGCACUCGCGUCCUAGCAUCGACGACCAACAGUUUGAGGAACUUACAGAAACAUACAAAGGAGUCGUGGGCCAUUGGACCAGGACUUAUCAACAUCUGGCUAACCGCGCGAAUCUUCUUCGCAAUAUCGACAUGUUCCAGCGCCUUCUGGCUCUGAAACUACUCGAAGACUACGCCGGAGAGCCUUUUGAGAUCACUGGAGACCUUCUCAAUUGGACGCGUGAGCAAUGGGCUAUCAUCACGAAACAGGGUGAUUACGCUGAAGAAUCGCACCGGGUAGUGAAGGACGAUCACAAAUCGUUCAUUACGACUCCAUGCGAGGAAAUUAUGGUCGACUAUCACCUUGUCGAACCAAAAGUGUGCAGCGCUGCAGAAGGGCAGCACCCCGGCGGUGAUGUUCAGCAUUUCAUCAGGCAGCGCGAUUGGCUGAGCCUGGCCAGCGCCCUGUUCAAUGAUCGCAAGCUCGCCUCGGAUCUUUUCACGGACAAAAGACCAGUGGGCAAGUACUCGUGGGGGGAGAAAAUACCAGCAGAUAUUCUGCGCCGCAUCGAAGAGUUGCAGAAGAAAUACUUUGAAGUUUUGUCAAAUCCAGCCUCUUUCACUCUUACCAAAUAUGCGGAAGGACUAUCGGCCAAGGACACUUCGAGUCCGCCAGGCCAAACGUCCUCAUUCCCCUUGAAGAAGCACCAACCCCAGUCCUGGACGGUCCUUGCCAAGGGGAUAUACCACACUAUUGCGGGCGGACGGAGGAGUGACGUCGCGGACACUGAGGUCACCACAGAAUAG